CCCCCCCCAAGUGCUAAUCCAAUGCCCAACCUCCAACUCAUGGGGUGAAACGAUCGAUCUCUUGGUUUCUUAGCUCAUGGUGCCCUUAACUUUUUUUUAGGGAAUUGCCUAAAUUAGUUUGCUCUGGUCUUAUUCUUGUUCUCCACCGCUUGAGGACCCUUCCUUUGGUGGGUCCAAGAUUAUUUAUCCUCCAUGGAUCUGGUCACUGUUCUCCUGUCCAUCGUUGUCAUCAUCUUUUUGGCCAAUGUUCUCAGUGAUAAAAAACAAGAGAAAUUCAAAAAUUUCCCUCCUGGGCCGAAGCCUUUACCAAUCCUUGGAAAUCUCCUCAUGAUUGAUGUGUCAAAGCCAUAUAAAACGUUUUAUCAGCUGUCCAAGCAGUAUGGCUCAGUCUUCACUGUCCAGAUGGGCAUGACGAAAAUGGUGAUCCUAUGUGGUUACGACACCAUUAAAGAUGCUCUGAUCAACAAUGCUGAAGUCUUCUCUGAUCGACCUCAUAUUCCUUUGAUUGCUAAGUCAAAAAAGGGCUAUGGGAUUAUAUUUGCCAAUGGAGAGAACUGGAAAGUGAUGAAAAGGUUUGCACUCUCAACACUACGGGAUUAUGGAAUGGGGAAGAAAACUAUCGAAAACAGGAUCACUGAGGAGGCCGAGUGUUUAGUGGAGAAGUUUAGAUCCUAUGAAGGAAAGCCCUUUGGUGAUUUAUUCAGCAUAAGUGCAGCCGUAGCCAAUAUCAUUGUGGCCAUACUGCUCAAUAAAAGAUAUGACUACGAGGAUCCGACCAUACAUAGGCUUAUAGCCUUAGUUGAUGAGAGUGCAAAACUCCUAGGAAGCCCAUGGGUCACGCUGUAUAACAUCUUUCCAGCUCUGAUGGACUGGUUGCCAGGAGGUCACAAAACUGUUUUAAAAAAUAUUCAACAGUUUUAUAGUUUUAUGCAAACAACGUUUACAAAACAUAAGAAGGACCUGGAUGUAAAUGAUCAGAGGGACCUUAUCGAUGCCUUCUUAGCAAAGCAAGAGGGGAAUCAAGAAUCCACUCAGUACUACCACAAUGAGAAUCUGACUGUGCUCGUAGGAGAGCUGUUUGGUGCUGCGAUAGAUACCACAUCAUCCACAUUAAGAUGGAGUCUUCUACUGAUGAUAAAAUAUCCUGACAUUCAAGAAAAAGUGCAAAGUGAAAUUGAUAAAGUGAUUGGAUCGGCUACACCUAAAAUGGAGCACAGGCAACAAAUGCCGUAUACAGAUGCUGUUAUUCAUGAAAUUCAAAGAUUUGGGGAUAUUGCACCCACUGUACUACAUGCAGUUUCUCGAGAUGUUACAUUUAAAGGCUAUUUUAUUCCAAAGGGAACCCCUGUCAUCCCUGUGCUGCAUUCUAUAUCCAAAGACAAAAAAUUAUUUGAGAAACCAGAUGAGUUUUAUCCAGAACACUUUCUUGAUUCACAAGGAAAUUUCAAAAGGAUUGAGGCCUUCAUCCCCUUCUCAACAGGUAAAAGAAGUUGUGCUGGUGAGACCUUGGCCAAAAUGGAGCUAUUUCUGUUUUUCACUACAUUUUUGCAACUUUUCAUAUUCAAGGCUUCACCAGGAGCUGAACUAGACCUUACACCUGCACUGGGGGCUACAAACUCCCCAAAACCAUUUGAAAUUUGUGCGGUACCCCGUAGCUAGGAUAUGUCUACCUUCAAUUCUCAUAGAAACUGCUGUUUAGUUUACUUCUGGGUUACAAAAAAUACAAAUAUUUAAAUGAAUAUACUGUAUCAUUCAUAAAGACAGCAAUGUUGAGUGCAUGUACAAUCUGCUCUUUUUUUUUUUUACCUCCUUCAGUACUUUGACGCUUUAAUUGACAUAUUUUGUGUUACAACACACUAUUCCUAAUUGUUAUGGGUCAUGAGCGUGCUGAUCCCAGACAAUCCGGUCUCCCUUAGAACUUUAGAGUAAAUUCAGCUUGUAGAACUUUCGAACUUUGCCAGGUCCUUAUUAGCAGAACAGAUGAGGAACACAAAGCAUUUUGGUGUCUGAAUGGAAGAAGUAAUAGGAACACCGAGAUGAAGUUAGGGUAGCCCAGCAUACCCUGCAGCUAUCAGCAAGAUCACAUGACCCCAGGUUAUCCAGUCAUUGCUUGCAUUAGGUGGCACACAGGCCAAUCAGGAGAAAGCACAGGGGAGUGUUUAGGAGGCUGAUAAAACCCUAUGAACUGCAUUGCGGCCAGUCUCUUGGAGAGAAUGCUGAGACAGUAAACAUAAUCUACUGAUUUCAGAAAGCCUUCAUCCAACACAAAGCAAGCUUUAGCAAACCCAAAAGGGGUACUCUGAUGCAAAAAUGUUUUUAGAUCAACUGGUGUCAGAAAGUUAUACAAUCCUAAGAUACAACUGGACUCUGACUCACAAGGACUGCUAUACCAUUAUGCUGCAAGGACUUUCUUUUUGUUUUCUGAACUUGUCUGAACUCUUUUAUAUAUGUUUAUAUCUGUAUGUCACUUGUUUAUUUUUUACGUAGCACUGUGAUACCUUUUUUUCAGAUUAAAUGUUUAAUUA